GCUGUGCUCCCUCUGUGCGUCACCACGCCGCUCUGCAGACUCUCCGACGGAGGAGCAGGAGGAAAGAUGUCCGGGAUCCCGCUGCUGCUGUCGGUCAUCCUGAGCUGGAGCCUCCGGAGCGGGGCCCUGAUCCUGCGGGACUCCCUGGACCGGGACUCCUUGGAGCGGGGUCCGGUCAGCCUGAACGACAUGUUCCGGGAGGUGGAGGAGCUGAUGGAGGACACGCAGCACAUUCUGGACGAGGCGGUGGAGCAGAUAACAACCGAGAGCGCAAAGUCUUCUUCAUCCUCGCUGGAUCUGCGUCCAAACUUCCACAACCAAAGCAGGAAGGUGAUAAAAGACGGAAACAGAACGGUUCAGGUUCUGGACAGAACCGACCAGGAAACUAACAACCGAACAGGAGAGACUCAUCUUUCUCACAUCCACAUGGAGCUUUCUGGACAGUGGAACAGCGUCAAUCAUGACUGUAUGGUGGACGAGGACUGUGGUGACCUGAAAUACUGCCUGUAUGAAAUUGAGAGCUCCAAGUGUCUCCCCUGUAUACCGACAGACAUGCCGUGCACGAAGGACGAGGAGUGUUGUUCAGACCAGUUGUGUGUCUGGGGUCAGUGUACCGUCAACGCAACCAGAGGAACCGAAGGAACCAUCUGUCAGAGCCAGAGAGACUGCAGGACGGAGCUCUGCUGCGCCUUCCAGAGAGAACUUCUGUUUCCUGUCUGCAACCCCAAACCAGGUCGAGGUGAGUCGUGUCUGAACCAUCCUAACCUGCUGAUGGACAUGCUGGCCUGGAACCAGGACCAACCUGGAGACCACUGCCCCUGUUCAGAGGGUCUGCAGUGUCAGCCGCACGGUCGGGGCUCAGUGUGUGCGGAGUGAGGAUCAAUAACUCCAGAGAUCAAUGAGCUGCUGAUUGAUCGGCUCCUCAAAGAACUGAACUGUUUAUUUAUGCUUUAAUACCGACAUGUACCAGACAGGAAAUAAAGGUUUAGAUCUGAACCAA